AUGAAACACCUGUCACAGAUAAUGAGCAAGGGAGUCAAUAAGGAUGGCGAAGUGUUGCUGAAGGGUGGACGAGAGGAUGAACUUGAGAUGGUGUUAGAUGUCACAUUAAGAAGAAGAGAGUGGUCCACAAUGUCAAAAGCAUCUGAAAAGUUGUUAGAGCCCAUUAGAUUUAGCAAGCAGGAAGUCAUCGGUGACCCUGGAGAACACAGACUCUGUCGAAUAAAGCAGGUAGAAAAGAGAUUGUUAAAGGGUGAAGAUGGAAGUUGGAGGAAAGGAAGGCAGAACAUCCAGUAUACACAAGACACCCCGAAGAAUACAUCUGAAUUUUACCUGGCUUCUGAAGCCAGGAAGACAAUCUCCCCAAAUCAAAAGCAUAAAAUCCUUUACAUAAUGAAGAGAACUACAGAAAGCAUUGAAACAAAUAAUUACAAAAAAGAACCGGUAUUUGGAGAGUUGCCUACAGCAUCUAUUGAAUAUUUGACUGUUUUCAUAGAGGAGGUUUUAGUGCCAAUUCUUAUUAACAAGAAGAACCAUGCACUGUGGCCACCAUUUAUUUCUCAAGAUUUGGAACAUCACGUGGAAAUUCUGAAAAAUAAAAUUCAUGUUGUAAGGGGCCUGGUGUCAGGAAGGACCUUUCUUCCCAUUCCCUCCAUCGCCAGAAAGAUCAAUGUGGAUCAGAGUGACCAAGAGACCAAUAGGAUCAUUCUUCAUGCCAUCGAAUCUGGGGUUAUUAAGUGGUCCCAUCAGAUCCGUGCCAUUCUUAAAAAAGACUCAGCCCAGCCUCUGCUCAAUGGUCUCCACUCAAUUCCUCAAACUGAGCUUGACUUCUGGAAGGCAAGAAAGGAUCACCUCACGUGUAUCUCUGAUCAACUUCAGGCCCCUGAUGUUCAGAAAAUGGUUAAGAUCCUUAAAGCCAAACGGAGCAGCUAUUUUCCUGCUUUCAAAACCAUUUUCAGGGAGGUUGGAAAUGCUCUGGUUGAAGCCCAAGAUAUAGAGUUAUAUCUGAGACCACUGAAGAAACACAUACAAUCUUUCCAGGAGACCGAAUUCCCACGGACCCGGGUUUUAAUUCACCCUUUACUUCACACCAUCUGCCUGCUCUGGAGCCAUUCUGAGUUUUACAGCUAUCCUGCACGGAUUAUAGUUUUGCUGCAGGAAUUUUGCAAUCUGUUUAUUGACCAGGCAAUAGCUUACCUGUCGCCUGAGGAGCUUUUGAAAGGAGACACUGAAGAGUCACUGGAACAUGUGCAAAUAGCUAUUAUUGUCCUAAAGGCUUUUAAAAAUUCAUUUUUUAGCUAUAGAAAGAGUUUGGCAAAGUAUUUCACCGAAGACAAGGAGUUGAAACCUUGGGAUUUCCCUUCUCAUAUGGUGUUUCCCAGAUUUGACAGAUUUCUCGACCGUUUAAUGAAAAUAGAGGAUGUAUUUGUCACCAUAAUGGAAUUUGAAAAGCUGGAAAAACUUGAGUUUGGUGGCACCAGGGGAAUAGUUCUGAAUGAAAAAAUAAAUGGAAUGAAGGAAGAAUUGGGGGAAAUCUGUACAGUGCUUAAAGAGAGAACGUAUGAUCCAACUGACCUUAAUGACAUGAAAUUUGAGGAUGACUAUGUUGCCUUUAAGUCCAAAAUUCUGGAUUUUGAGAGACGACUUGGGGCAGUGAUCUGUGCUGCAUUUCUUGACUGCUCGGGCCUCGAAUCAGCAUUCAAGGUUUUGGCCAUCUUCAGCCAUUUUCUAGAGAAACCAGUUGUCAUGGAAAUUUUCAGUCCACAUUACAACACACUUUUGCAGAUGUUUGAUGAAGAACUAGAGAAGUGUAAGCAUUUGUAUGAUGAGCAUAUCAACCAGGUAAAAGAAGGGACGCAAAUACUGAAUAAGAAUAUGCCAUUUACUUCUGGGAAUCUCAAAUGGGCCAAAGAAAUCCAAGACCGAAUACAGGCGUCCUGGUGCAACUUUGCGCGUCUUCACCAUCCAAUUUUGGAAGGUCCUGAUGCAGCCCUAGUUUUUCAGAAGUACUUUGAAAUGCUGACUUUACUUGAUCGACAUGCCAAUCGAGUCUAUGGUGAAUGGAAGAGGGAGGUGGAUGAAAUCUGUGCGUUUAAUUUGCACCAGCCCCUGAUAAAACGUGAUGCUGUAAAUGGUCUUCUCAGGGUUAAUUUUGAUCCUCAGUUAGUGGCUGUACUGAGGGAAGUGAAAUAUCUCCUGAUGUUGAAGCAGUCAGACAUUCCAAAUUCAGCUUUAUCCAUCUUUGAAAGACGGAAUACACUUUUAAAGUAUGUUAGAAGCCUUGAACUUCUUGUCCAGUGGUACAACAAGCUUAAGACCACCCUUCUGGAAGCCGAAUAUCCUCUGAUUGAAGAUGAAUUGAGAGCCAUUGAUGAGCAGUUAAAGAAAGCAGAGAGGUCAUUCACUUGGCAGGAGGAAAGUUCCUGGAAAUAUAUCGAGGCAAUGAAAAGCACUAUCUCUGGGCUGGAGCGGAGAGUUCAGCAAGCACGGGAUAAUACCACGACCAUCCAGCGAAUGAUGGAGGCUUGGGGGGUGCACUGUCUCUUUUCUCAAAAAGAUAACAGGAGGGAGACUUUAUUCAGCCUGGAGGACAAGCAAGAUAGAUUUAUCAAGAAAUAUAAAUUGAUUCAGGAAGGUGGCUACAAGAUACACAGAUUAGUUGAGGAUAACUUGAAACUCUUCAGAACUAAGGCUUCCCUGGAUACCUGGAAGAUUUACAUAGAAUUCAUUGAUGACAUUGUGGUUGAUGGUUUCUUUAACGCCAUAAUGAGUGAUUUAGAUUUCUUCAUGGUAAAUACAGAGAAAAGUCUGAGACCUGCUCCCUUUCUCCAAAUACAAAUGAUUCUUCAGGCCUCAGAGGUUAUAUUUAAGCCUUCAUUAGAAAAAGGUGUUGGAGGUGGCUUUUAUGACCUGGUAGAGGACCUUUUAUGCAACGUAUUUAGAAUGUCUGCUCAGAUGAAGAGAAUAGCAUCCCAUUUGGAGCCACCAAACUAUCAGAAUGACAUGGAUAACAUGGUCGAUUUGGUCGAAGUCAAGAAAAAGAUCUUAGACAGAGUGGCCGGGGCCAUCAGCAAAGUCCUGGAGUACAGAAAUUCUCUGGAAACCUAUGCUUAUCUGUGGGUGGAUGACCAGAUCGAGUGCAUGAAGCAGUUUCUCCUGUAUGGUCGUGUGCUAACUCCUGAGGAGCUAGACGGUCAGGCCAACAAAGACAUUCCUCAGCAGCUGCCUACGAUCGAACAAUUUAAAGCACAGAUUGACAUUUAUGAGGCACUCUAUGUGCGGAUGAGCAAGUUUGAUGACUUCAGAGUCUUCGACAGCUGGCUUAGAGUGGACAUGAAGCCUUUCAAAAUGAGCUUGUUAAACAUUAUUAAGAAAUGGAGUUGGAUGUUUCAGGAGCACCUUCUAAGAUUUGUCAAUGACAGUCUGACAGAUCUAGAGGAGUUUAUACAAGUGGCAGAUGCAGGACUUCAGAGAGAGGUGAAUGAAGGAGAUUACGGUGGCCUUAUAGAAAUCAUGGGACAACUUCUGGCUGUGAGACACCAACAGAGAGCCAUCGAUGAACUCUUUGAACCUCUAAGAGCGACCAUUGCACUACUGGAGAGCUAUGGACUGGAGAUGCCAGACCAAGUUUAUGUUCAAUUAGAGAAACUUCCUGAGAGGUGGAGCACCACCAAGAAGACUGCAGAUAGUGUCAAGCACCGGGUGGCUCCCCUGCAGAUUGCAGAAGUCACUGUGAUAAAGAGAAGAUGUGCUGUGUUUGAUGCAGAGCAGAUGGAGUUCAGAAAGAGAUUCAAAAAGGAUGCCCCCUUUGUUUUUAAUGUGCCAAAUCCAUACGAGGUUCUUGAUAAGGCAAAUGAAGAGCUUGAGACACUGGAAGAGGAAAUGUUGCGAAUUCGAGACUCCACAAUCCUUUUUGAAGUGCCUUUCCCAGAUUAUAAACAAUUGAAACAGUGCCGCAAAGAAAUAAAAUUGCUCAAGGAUCUAUGGGACAUUAAUACCUAUGUCAAAAGCAGCAUUGAUGAUUGGACUAAAACCCAGUGGAGACAGAUUAAUGUGGAACAGAUGGAUGUAGAGCUUAGAAAGUUUGCCAAGGAUAUCCGGUCCCUAGACAAGGAUGUUCGUCUCUGGGAUACAUACCUCGGACUGGAGUUAACAGUGAAGAACACGAUGGCGUCUCUGAGGGCAAUUGCAGAGCUACAGAAUCCUGCAGUCAGGGACAGGCAUUGGCAUCAAUUGAUGAAGACAACAGGGGUCAGGAUCUCAAUAAGUGAAGGUACAACUUUGGGAGAUUUGUUGGGUUUGCAGUUGCACCAAGUGGAAGACCAAAUCCAGCACAUUGUGGAUAAAGCUGUGAAAGAGCUUGGGACUGAAAAGAUUCUUACAGAUAUCAGCCAUACCUGGGCUACGUUGGAAUUUUCAUAUGAAGAGCACCACAGGACAGGCAUUCCGUUGCUGAAAUCUGAUGAGCAACUUUUUGAAACUUUAGACCAUAAUCAGGUUCAGUUGCAAACAAUUUUGCAAAGUAAAUAUGUGGAGUAUUUUAUUGACCAAGUUUCCAGCUGGCAGAAGAAGUUAACCGUGACAGACUCAGUCAUCUUUAUUUGGAUGGACGUCCAACGAACGUGGUCUCAUCUAGAGAGCAUCUUUGUUGAUUCUGAAGAUAUUAAAAUCCAGCUACCUACAGACGUUAGGAGAUUUGAAGGAAUAAAUGCUGAUUUUGAGGAAUUAAUGAUUGACACGAUCAAGAUAAAAAAUGUUUUGGAAGCAACAUGCAGGCCCCACCUUUUUGAAAAACUUGAAGAUUUACAGCACAGGUUGUCCCUUUGUGAAAAAGCUCUUGCUGAAUACCUAGAAAGCAAGCGCUUAGCUUUUGCUCGGUUCUAUUUCGUCUCUUCUGCCGAUCUUCUUGAUAUACUCUCUAAAGGAUCCCAGCCCAGGCAGGUGACUUGUCAUCUUGCCAAACUCUUUGACAGCGUGGCAGAUCUUCAGUUUGAAGACUACCAACAGAUGCUUACAAACACAGCAAUUGGGAUGUUCAGCAAGGAGAAGGAGUCUGUCCCAUUUCAUUCGGCCUGUGACUGCGUGGGCCAGGUGGAAAACUGGCUGAAGCUCCUCGAAGGGACCAUGCACGAAACUGUGCGCCGCUGCAUCUCAGAAGCCACCGCUGCCUACGAGGAGAAGCCCAGGGAGCAGUGGAUUUUCGAUUUCCCAGCACAAGCUGUGCUCACCAGCUCCCAGAUCUGGUGGACUACCGAUGUGGGAAUAGCAUUCAGCCGGCUAGAAGAGGGAUUUGAAACAGCCCUGAAAGAUUAUCAUAAGAAACAGAUCACUCAACUAAAUGCUUUAAUCGCCCUAUUGCUGGGAGAGCUUGCCCCAGGUGACAGACAGAAGAUCAUGACUGUUUGUACAAUAGAUGUCCACGCCAGAGACGUUGUGGCCAAGCUGGUGGCUCAGAAGGUCACCAGUUCCCAGGCUUUUGCUUGGCUCUCUCAGCUUCGCCAUAGGUGGGAUGACAAUCAGAAACACUACUAUGUCAAUAUUUGUGAUGCUCAGUUCCAGUAUUGUUAUGAGUAUUUGGGGAACAGCCCUCGGCUGGUGAUUACACCUCUGACUGACAGGUGCUAUAUCACCCUAACCCAGGCUCUCCAUCUAAAGAUGAGUGGGGCUCCAGCAGGCCCUGCUGGCACAGGCAAGACGGAGACUACCAAAGAUCUCGGACGUGCUCUUGGCAUGAUGGUUUAUGUUUUCAACUGCUCUGAGCAAAUGGAUUACAAGUCCGUAGGGAAUAUUUACAAAGGAUUGGCCCAGACAGGAGCCUGGGGAUGUUUCGAUGAGUUCAAUCGAAUCGCGGUGGAGGUUUUGUCAGUUGUGGCGGUGCAGGUGAAGAUGAUCCAUGAUGCCAUUAGAAAAAAGAAAGACAGAUUUUUUUUCCUUGGUGAAGAAAUUGCACUGAAGUCAUCUGUUGGCAUAUUUAUUACAAUGAACCCAGGAUAUGCUGGUCGAACGGAAUUACCAGAAAACCUCAAAGCUCUUUUCAGACCAUGUGCGAUGGUGGUCCCGGAUAUUGAACUCAUCUGUGAAAUCAUGUUGGUGGCUGAGGGCUUUGUGGAUGCACGUUUGUUAGCCAGAAAGUUUAUCACCUUAUAUACACUCUGCAAGGAACUGCUUUCUAAACAGGAUCAUUAUGACUGGGGACUUCGUGCUGUUAAAUCCGUCUUGGUUGUAGCUGGCUCUCUGAAAAGAGGAGAUAAAAACAGACCUGAGGAUCAGGUACUUAUGCGAGCCCUAAGAGACUUCAACAUGCCUAAAAUAGUGACAGAUGAUAUUCCAAUUUUCAUGGGCCUGAUCAGUGACCUGUUUCCAGCCUUGGAUGUCCCCAGGAAGAGGGAACUGCAGUUUGAACAGAUGGUUAGACUGUCUACCCUGGAGCUUCACUUGCAGCCUGAAGAGAGCUUUAUCCUCAAAGUUGUUCAACUAGAGGAACUUUUAGCUGUGCGUCACUGUGUUUUUGUGAUUGGAAACGCAGGAACUGGAAAGAGUAAGAUUUUGAAAACACUGAAUCGAACUUAUGUUAAUCUGAAACGGAAACCCAUUUGGAGUGAUGUAAACCCUAAGGCUGUAACAACUGAUGAGCUGUUUGGUUUUAUACAUCAUGCUACCCGAGAAUGGAAAGACGGUCUCUUCUCAUCUCUCCUGAGAGAACAAGCUAAUAUAAUCCAUGAGGGACCAAAAUGGAUAAUACUGGAUGGAGAUAUUGAUCCCAUGUGGAUUGAGUCACUCAAUACAGUAAUGGAUGAUAACAAGAUCCUGACCUUAGCCAGUAACGAGCGGGUGGCUCUUACUCCAUCCAUGAGGCUGCUGUUUGAGAUUCACCACCUAAAAACAGCCACCCCUGCUACGGUUUCCCGAGCAGGUAUUCUCUAUGUGAACCCACAAGACUUGGGUUGGAAUCCGUAUGUGUCUAGUUGGAUAGAUGGAAGAAGUCAUCAAUCAGAGAAGGCCAAUUUAACUAUUCUCUUUGAUAAAUAUAUUCCUCCGUGCUUGGAGAAACUCAGAACAAGCUUUAAAACUAUCACUUCAAUUCCUGAGAAUAGCAUGGUGCAGACUCUUUGUUCCCUGUUGGAUUGCUUGCUGACCCCUGAAAAUGUGCCUCCAGACAGUCCAAGGGACGUUUAUGAACUAUAUUUUGUCUUUGCCUGUGUCUGGGCCUUUGGAGGAGCUCUCUUCCAAGAUCAGCUUUCAGAUUAUCCAGGUGAAUUCAGCCGCUGGUGGCUUAAAGAGAUGAAAACAGUAAAAUAUCCCUCUCAAGGUACAAUUUUUGACUAUUACCUUGACCAUAAGACUAGAAAAUUCCUGCCUUGGAUGGAUAAAGUUCCCAAGUUUAUUAUGGAUAUGAACACACCUUUACAGGCAGUUCUUGUCCAUACAGAAGAGACUACCCGCCUCAAAUAUUUCACAGAUUUGCUGCUUGAAGCAGGCAAACCAAUCAUGCUUGUUGGAAAUGCCGGUGUGGGAAAAACAGUAUUUGUAGGUGACACACUUGCACAUCUCUCCGAGGAUUACACCGUGGCCAAAGUUCCUUUCAGUUACUACACUACAUCAGCAGUACUGCAGAAGAUUCUCGAGAAGCCCCUGGAGAAAAAAGCAGGUCGUAAUUAUGGUCCCAUAGGAAAGAAGAAAUUGAUUUAUUUUAUUGAUGAUCUGAAUAUGCCUGAAGUGGAUAUUUAUGGAACAGUUCAAACUCACACUCUGAUUCGACAGCAUAUAGAUUCUGGUCACUGGUAUGAUAGACAGAAGAUGACGCUUAAAGAAAUUCACAACUGCCAGUACAUAACCUGCAUGAACCCCACGGCUGGAAGUUUCACCAUCAGUCCUCGACUGCAGAGGCAUUUUACAGUGUUUGCUGUUCACUUCCCAUCCCCUGAGGCUCUCCAUUCCAUCUAUAGCCAGAUCCUCAGGUUCCAUUUCCACCAGCACACAUUCAGUGCAUCCGUGCUCAAGAGUGGGCCAGUCCUGAUCCAGGCGACAACUGCUCUCCAUCAGAUAAUGGUUCAAAACUUUCUACCCACAGCCGUUAAAUUCCAUUACAUCUUUAACCUGAGAGACAUCUCCAACAUCUUCCAGGGAAUUUUAUUUGCUACUCCUGAGUGUUUAAAGGAACCAAGUGAUUUCCUACGCCUAUGGCUUCAUGAGUCUUUCCGAGUUUAUGGAGACAAAAUGGUAGACCCAAAGGACUCUGAUUUGUUUCACAAAAAGUUGUUAGAUACAGCUCACAAACAUUUUGAAGGUAUAGAAAAUCAUAUUCUGCUCCAAAGUCCCCUCAUUUAUUGCUACUAUGCUAAUGGCCUGAGAGAUCCCCGCUACUUGCCAGUCAAGGAUUGGGAAGGACUGAAGAAGAUUCUUUCUGAGGCUCUAGAAAGUUACAAUGAGCUGAACGCAGCUAUGAGUCUUGUUUUAUUUGAGGAUGCCAUGCAACAUGUGUGCCGGAUCAUUCGAAUCUUGGGAACUCCUCAGGCGAAUGCACUUCUUAUUGGUGUUGGUGGAAGUGGAAAGCAAAGUUUGUCUCGACUGGCAGCAUUUAUCUGCUCACUUGAGGUGUUUCAGAUCACUCUGAGAAAAGACUAUGGAAUCCAGGACUUGAAGGUAGAUCUUGCCAAUUUGUACAUCAGAGCUGGAGCCAAGAACAUGCCCACUGUGUUUUUGCUGACAGAUGCCCAGGUUCUGGAUGAACAGUUCCUUGUGCUGAUUAAUGACUUGUUGGCAUCAGGAGAAAUCCCAGAUCUUUUCAGCGAUGAGGACAUGGACAACAUCAUAUCUAUAGUCCGGAGUGAGAUCCGAAGGUUGGGCAUUAUAGAUACCCGAGAAAACUGCUGGAAGUUCUUUUUAGCUCGGGUGCGGCUACGACUGAAAAUUGUUCUGUGUUUCUCUCCGGUUGGUUACACGCUGAGGCGGCGAGCUCGGAAGUUCCCAGCCAUAGUGAACGGCACCGCUAUUGACUGGUUUCAUGACUGGCCUCAGGAGGCCCUGCUCUCUGUCAGCGGGAGCUUCAUUGAGGAAACCGAGGGAAUUGAGCCAAGUCACAAAGACUCCAUCAGCCUUUUCAUGGCCCACGUACACACCAGUGUAAAUGAAAUGAGCACCAAGUAUCACCAGAAUGAACAGAGGCACAACUACACCACACCAAAGAGUUUUCUAUCACAGAUCUCUCUGUAUAAGAACCUGUUGAAGAAAAAACAGAAAGAGGUGGUUCAGAGAAAGGAGCACUUAGUGAAUGGCACCCAGAAGCUUGAAACCACGACCUCCCAGGUAGAAGACCUAAAAGCUAAACUUGCCUCUCAAGAAGCAGAAUUGCAACAGAGGAAUCAAGAUGCUGAAGCUCUGAUUACGAAGAUCGGGCUUCAGACUGAGAAAGUGAGCCAAGAAAAGGUCAUUGCUGAUACAGAGGAGCGAAAGGUGGCUGCAAUCCAGGCAGAAGUGUUUCAGAAACAGCGGGAGUGUGAAGCCAACCUGGUCAAAGCAGAGCCUGUUCUAGUGGCUGCCAGAGCUGCACUGAAUACAUUGAACCGGGUUAAUCUCACAGAAUUGAAAGCCUUCCCCAAUCCACCCGUUGCAGUGACCAAUGUGACAGCAGCUGUGAUGGUGCUUUUGGCCCCCGGGGGCCAAGUCCCCAGAGACCGUAGCUGGAAAGCUGCUAAAGUCUUCAUGGGAAAGGUUGAUGACUUUUUGCAAGCGCUAAUUAACUAUGACAAGGAGCACAUUCAUGAGAAUUGUCUGAAAGUGGUUUAUGAACACUACUUGAAAGAUCCCGAAUUCAGCCCAAAUCUGAUCCGCACCAAGUCCUUUGCAGCAGCUGGUCUCUGUGCAUGGGUCAUCAACAUUGUUAAAUUCUAUGAGGUGUACUGUGAUGUUGAGCCCAAACGCCACGCACUAACCCAAGCCAACAUGGAACUAGCUGCAGCCACUGAAAAGCUGGAGGCAAUCAGAAAAAAGCUUGCAGAUCUGGGCCAUAAUCUGUGCGGACUCAAGGCUGCGUUUGAGCAGGCAAUAACUGAAAAAGUCCGGUGUCAAGAAGAAGUAAACCGAAGCAGCAAGAAUAUCGGAUUGGCUAACAGACUUGUUAUGGAGCUGCAGUCAGAGAAAAUUCGCUGGAGUCAGUCUAUUAAAAGCUUUCAAGACCAAGAAAAGACGCUUUGUGGAGAUGUGCUCUUAGCAGCAGCAUUUGUGUCUUACAUUGGACCCUUCACAAAACAGUACCGCCAGGAGCUGGUAGAGAGCAAAUGGAUUCCUUUCCUCAGAGCUCAGAAGGUUCCCAUCACUGAAUGCCUGGACCUGAUUUCCAUGCUAACAGAUGAUGCUACAAUUGCAGCCUGGAAUAACGAAGGACUGCCCGGUGAUAAAAUGUCAACAGAAAAUGCCAUGAUUCUCACCAACUGUGAGCGUUGGCCCCUGGUGAUAGAUCCCCAGCAACAGGGAAUUAAAUGGAUAAAGAAUAAAUAUGGAACUGACCUAAAAGUCUUGCAUCUUGGCCAGAAAGGAUUUUUGAAUACCAUUGAAAAUGCUUUGGCCUCUGGAGAGAUCAUCCUAAUCGAAAACCUUGAUGAAACUAUAGAUCCAGUCCUUGAUCCACUCCUUGGAAGGAACACCAUCAGAAAAGGGAAGUUCAUCAAGAUAGGGGACAGAGAAUGUGAAUUCCACAAGAACUUUCGUCUUAUCCUUCAUACAAAACUGGCCAAUCCUCACUACCAGCCCGAAGUGCAGGCACAGACCACCCUCCUCAAUUUCACCGUCACCGGGGACGGCCUGGAGGACCAGCUGCUGGCUGAGGUGGUCAGUGUUGACCGACCAGAUUUAGAAAAAUUUAAGUCCAUGCUGACCAAGCAGCAGAAUGAUUUUAAGAUCGAGCUGAAACUUCUGGAGGAGGAGCUGCUGCUUCGUCUCUCUGCUGCAGAGGGUAGUUUCCUGGGCGAUGCUGAACUGGUGGAGAAGCUAGAGUCAACUAAGACAACAGCUGCAGAAAUAGAAUGCAAGGUUGCUGAAGCAAAAGCAAAUGAAGCCCAGAUUAACGAAGCCCGAGAAUGUUACAGACCGGUGGCAGCAAGAGCAUCCCUUCUUUACUUUGUCAUCCAUGACCUCCGCAAAAUCAACCCCUUCUAUCAGUUCUCAUUGAAGGCUUUCAACACUCUAUACCACAAAGCAAUUGGGCUAGCUGAAAACACUGAGGAAAUCCAGGCGCGCAUCUCAAACCUGACGGAAAGCAUUACAUAUUCUGUAUUCCUCUUCAUCAGCCAAGGACUCUUUGAAAAAGAUAAGCUGACUUUCCUAACCCAGGCAACGUUCCAGAUUCUGUUGAGAAAUAAAGAGAUAGAAUUCCUCGAAUUGGAUUUCCUCCUUCGAUUCCCGGUGGAACAAACUUACAAGAGUCCUGUUGACUUUCUAACUGCUCAGUCAUGGAGUGCCAUCAAGGCCAUUUCUCAGAUGGAUGAUGAGUUUCGGGGAUUGGACCAGGAUGUGGAAGGAUCUGCCAACCGAUGGAAGAAGUGGGUGGAAUCGGAAUGUCCAGAAAAAGAAAAGUUCCCUCAGGAGUGGAAAAAGAAAAGCUCCUUUCAGAAAUUAAUUCUUCUGAGAGCUCUGCGCCCAGAUCGAAUGACAUAUGCUCUCAGAAACUUUGUCGAGGAAAAACUAGGAGCAAAAUAUGUGGAUGGGACCAGGAUGGACUUAGUUAAAGCACUGGAAGAGAGCAGCCCAGCCAUGCCCAUGUUUUUCAUCCUGUCUCCUGGAGUAGAUGCUCUUAAAGAUCUGGAAAUACUCGGUCAAAAACUUGGGUUCACUAUCGAUUCUGGAAAAUUUCACAAUCUAUCUUUGGGACAAGGUCAAGAGAAGGUAGCUGAGAUGACCCUGGAGAAAGCUUCCCAAGAAGGACAUUGGGUCAUUCUCCAGAAUGUGCAUCUGGUAGCUAAGUGGUUGGGGACCCUGGAGAAACUCCUUGAGCAGUUCAGCGUGGAGAGCCACUGUGAUUAUCGGGUGUUUCUUAGUGCUGCACCAGUGCCAGAUGAUCACCCCAUCCCUCAGGGACUCCUGGAAAACUCGAUUAAAAUCACUAAUGAAGCCCCUACUGGAAUGCUGGCCAAUUUGCAUGCUGCCCUCUACAAUUUUGAUCAGGAUACACUUGAAUUGUGUUCCAAGGAGCAGGAGUUUAAAAGCAUCCUUUUUUCUUUGUGCUACUUUCACGCCUGCGUUGCUGGGAGGUUGAAGUUUGGACCCCAAGGUUGGAAUUGUAGCUACCCAUUCAACACCGGAGACUUCAACAUUUGUAGAAGUGUCCUCUACAACUACUUGGAGGCAAACCCUAAAGUUCCCUGGGAAGAUUUACGUUAUCUGUUUGGCGAGAUUAUGUAUGGGGGACAUAUCACAGAUGUUUGGGAUCGCAAGCUGUGUCGAAUGUACUUAGAAGAAUUCAUGAAUCCGUCUCUGUGUGAUGGGGAGUUUUUCCUGGCCCCAGGUUUUGCAGCCCCAGCCAACUUGGAUUACCUGGGCUACCACCAGUACGUGGAGGACAAGCUUCCUCCAGAAAGCCCGGUGUUGUAUGGGCUCCAUCCAAAUGCAGAAAUAGGAUUCCUGACUGAGACGGCAAACAACCUUUUCCGGAACCUAAUGGAGAUCCAGCCCAGGCAUUCCUUGGUCCAUAAGGAGCUGGGACGGUUUGAAGAGGAAAAGAUUAAGACUAUCCUGGAUCACAUUUUGGAGAAACUUCCAGAGGAAUUCAACCUGGCAGAGAUAGCUCACAAAACCACAGAUCGCAGCCCUUAUGUUCUCGUCUGUUUCCAAGAAUGCGAGCGGAUGAACACGCUAAUCCAGGAGAUCCGCAGGUCCCUUGAGGAACUAGAUCUUGGCUUAAAGGGGGAGCUGACGUUUUCUCCCGACAUGGAAGCUCUGCAGUCUGCAUUGACUUAUGACACUGUCCCAGGCACAUGGACCAAACUGGCUUAUCCAUCUACUUAUGGCUUGACUCAGUGGGUGACCGACUUCUUCCUGCGGUGUCACGAGCUGGACACUUGGACACAAGAUCUUGUGUUUCCAGCUGUGGUGUGGCUCUCGGGGUUCUUUAACCCUCAGUCCUUCUUGACGGCCAUCAUGCAGAGCACAGCCCGCAAGAACAGGUGGCCUUUGGACAAAAUGUGCUUGACUGUAGAUGUAACCAAAAAAUCCAGAGAAGAUUAUGGCCACCCACCCCGGGAAGGGGCCUACAUUUGGGGACUCCAUCUGGAAGGUGCGAAGUGGGACGUCCAGGCAGGGGUCCUAGCUGAAGCCCGGCUCAUGGAGCUAAGCCACCCGAUGCCAGUCAUCUUUGUCAAAGCUGUGCCCGUGGACAAGCAGGAGCUCAGGCACAUGUAUGAGUGUCCCGUGUACAGAACCAAGACCCGAGGCCCCACCUACGUCUGGACCUUCCGGCUGAAGAGCAGACAUAAGGAGGCCAAGUGGACGCUCACGGGAACGGCGUUGCUGCUGGCAGUGUAGAACAAAGAACCACAGUGAGUGUCCUUCUGCCGCAGUUCUGACGGCUGGUGUCCACAUUCUCCGUUUCGCCUUCAAUUUAGCCCCUCACUCCGGCAUUUCCCAAAGCGCUGAGGUGGGAGAAAAUAUUCAUCCGUCCAUUGAAAAUUUAGGCAGCCAUGAUGUAUGCUCAGGCUUGUAAUUCACAAAGCUCCUCUGCUCUUUCUAAUACAGUACGUCUUUUUCUUGAUAGAGAAAAUAAAAGUAUCUUUUACAGUUUUUCAGCAUCCAGA